AUGGAUGAUCAAGAAGAUCGACAGAUUAUUCUCACGGCACAUGGCAUGAGCGUGGAUGAUGUGGACAAUCGAAUUGUUAUACCAACCUGCAUCGCCGAUGACCAGUCGGUUAUUCAACUGGGUCGUACGUUUGUGCGAAAUGGUAUUAUGCACAAAUGCACAAUCAUUGGCGAUUCGGUGACGUACGAGCAAGAAGCUAUGUGCUUUGAUAAUGGCGUUCAUUAUUCGAUUGGUGACACAUUCCGCAACGGCUCAUUCCGAUUGACAUGCGGACGAGAUGGCAUUGUCAUUGAAGGAUGCUAUCUGCAAAACUCUGGCGAGUACUUGAUGGCCGGUGAGUCCAGAAUCGUCAACAGACAACGUCACGAAUGUGAGGUGUUGGGUGAUGGACGUGUGCGGUAUCAAGUGAAA